CUGUGGGUAUCGCGCACGCAUGCGCAGUGGCAUCGCCUCUGCAGCGCACAGCGACGAGCGACGCUUCCCAGGCAACGCGAGCGUGCGUUUUCAUCGCACCACACAACACAUCGACAGCGUGACGGCACCGCGUAUUAACGCCAUGUAACGCCGAAAAGCCCGUCGAAAACGACGACCACGAGAAAGAGCAGCGAGAGGACGGAGACAACUACAGUUAUUCGUCGGUGUGUGUAGUUGAGCUCAGCUAUGCCUCUUGUAAAGAGGACCAUCGAGCCCAAGCACCUGUGCCGAGGCGCCCUGCCCAACGGGGUGACCAACGAGCUGGAAUGUGUCACAAACAGCACACUGGCGGCCAUCAUCAAACAGCUGGGAGGACUCAGUCGACAUGCGGAAGACAUCUUCGGGGAGCUGUUUAAUGAGGCCAACAUCUUCUACAUGCGCAUGAACAGUUUGCAAGAGCGUGUCGACCUGCUGGCGGUGAAGGUCACACAACUGGACUCCACAGUGGAGGAGGUGUCCUUACAGGACAUCAACAUGCGGAAAGCGUUCAAGAGCUCCACUAUUCAGGACCAGCAGGUGGUGUCCAGAAACUCCAUCCCGAACCCUGUCAUGGAGAUGUACCAUCGCUGCGACAAACCACCUCCUCUCAACAUACUCACGCCAUACAGGGAUGACAAAAAAGAUGGGCUCAAAUUCUAUACCGAUCCAUCCUACUUUUUUAACCUUUGGAAGGAAAAGAUGCUGCAAGCCACAGAAAACAAGAGGAAGGAGAAACGACGGCAGAAGCAAGAGCAAAAACACACGGAGGAUCCCACUCGCGAGGUCAAGAAAGUCCGUAAAGCUCGUAACCGGCGUCAGGAGUGGAACAUGAUGGCGUACGAUAAGGAAUUUCGCCCGGACACUCGCCUGACACCGUCUCCUUACCAUGGCAUGUCUUCUGAGGGAUCUCUGUCUCCGGACAGUAUACAGGUAGAUGAAAGAUCUGGCAUGUCAGAUGAACACUCGUACCCAGCGAGUCCCAGCCACCCGCAGGAAGCAGGUGGAGCAGGGGCUGAUGGGAAAGACGCGGGCCCCACACAGACUCAGUCCCUGGACCGAGCGUACCGGCCCCCGGCCUCCUCCACCGCCGCUACAGCCCGACAGCACUCUCUAGGACGCGUUCAGGCCCACCAUGGGCCCCAACCACCAGACUCGUCCCUCAACGGACCCCGGCCAACAGCUGCCAAAGAAUACAGCGGCCAUCAGAUCCUGGAGCAUUUCAUCCCGCCUGCCCCUCCUCCACCUCCUCCCCUCAUCCCUUCCUCUCAGACCGCCUUUGACAGCACGUCUGGACCUCAGUCUCUGGCUCCGGGGACAGUGGUCUCGCUCUCACGGCCCUACAGCCCAUCUCCUCCUCCAGCUCCUCCCUCUGCCUACACCGCUUCCCCUUCACAUGCUGUGAUGGGCGGCCCGCCUGUGGCCCCGCCCCCUCCCCCACCAGGACCCCCCACCCACGCCCCGUCCCCGUCCCGACUAACACACCCGUCUGGAGAGUCUACUCUUCCCAGGAAGGGCCAGGUGCCUCUCAUCCCCAUGAGCGACGCCCGGAGCGACCUGCUGGCCGCCAUCCGCAGAGGUAUCCAGCUUCGUAAGGUGCAAGAGCAGAGAGAGCAGGAGGCCAAGAAAGAGCCAGUGGGUAAUGACGUGGCCACCAUCUUGUCCCGACGCAUCGCCGUGGAAUACAGUGAAUCAGAUGAGGACUCUGAGCCGGAGGAGAACGAGUGGUCCGAUUGAGGCUUGGGGGGCAAGAUCUGCGACCAUAAUGCUGCUAUUUUCCAUUCCUGCACAUAGUAAACACUCCUCAGAUGGUCAGAUGGACAUGGGACGGGGCUACCGAGGAGAUCAUGACAGACAGAGAAGGAAGGAAACAGAAUUUGUGCAAUGCAAGGUGAAAGGACACAGGGAAAGAGAGUUUGGUGAGUUAAGCACAGGAACUUUUAGAAUACAGUUUGUCUCAUUAUAAUGUAAAUUCAACAUGCUAGCAUUUCUUUAAGAGUCGCCAAGAAAACACUUAUUGAAAAAAAUCGUUCUGUGAUUUUCAUUAUAUAUUUUGCUAGCUGUCCAGAGAAUAUAGAGAAAUACUUAUCCAUCUUUUGUGGUACACGAAAAUGAUGGUCAACAGUGGUAUUAGCACUUAUAUUAAUUUUAUGUUACAAAUCAUUGCCACAGUAUUGUUACACAAAUUUGUUGCGGUAUCUCUGGCUUGCUUCACGCGAGAUGCCCUAAAUAUACAGUAUGGACAAUCAAAUCAUCGCUACAGUAUCAAAGUACAUUUCUCCUUCAACAUCACAACUCUUCAUUAUCCAAAAUUUGUCACUUUGUUCAAUUGUGGACAGUGUUGUGAUGAAUAUUUAUACCCCAAAUUAGCAGUGAGUAAAUUUCUUUAUGCUUUCGUUGUUUGCUUUUUUUUAUUUCUCAAGGAACAGAUAUGGCCAAUAAUUUAAUUAUUACUGCUUGCAGUUUACUAAUCGUGUGUGUUUGUGUGUUGUGUGUGUGCGCCUAAAUGUGUCAAAUGAAGUGAUGGAGUGCAAGAUGGUGUCAUCUGCUAUUUUAGACUAUUAUAAUUUGUAACAAUACUAUGUCCUUUACAAGUACUGUAUCAUUAAUGUGUUUUACAAUUUAUUGUUGUAUAGAUUUUUGUAACACUGCUCAAAAGAUGGAAAUGGCAACCAUAUGUUUAAGCUAUCAUGUUGUAGGAAUAUAGCCUAAUGUGCAUGUAUGAAUAAUAA